GUAGCAAGGUGAAGGUUAUCAUAUGUCCUAAAUUUGUUCACUCUUAACUCAGUUAUUUUCAGAGAAUCAUUAUGAACACUAAACACUUGUCUGAAAAUGAUACUUGUCCAGAAAAAACUGGAAAAUUACGUAUAUAUAGCAUGAGAUUUUGUCCUUUUGCCCAAAGAGCAAGACUAAUUUUAUGGCAUAAAAGAAUUCAGCACGAGACCGUCAAUAUUAAUCUUACAAAUAAACCAAAAUGGUUUUUACAACUGAACCCAAACGGGGCAACUCCAAUUAUUGAGAAAGAUAAUAUUAUUAUUUAUGAAUCUUCUGCCUGUUGUGAAUAUUUGGCUGAAAUGUAUGCUAAAUCAUUAAUUCCUAGCGAUGGUUUGACGAGGGUUCGCCAUCGUAUGUUUAUUGAUGCCUUUUCAUCAGUGACUGGUAAAUAUCACGAUUUACUCUUUAGCCGCGUAGAUAAGUCAGUUGGUAUGCCAGCUUUAAGAAACAGUCUAAAACCUUAUGAAGCCGAGAUAAAAGACAAAUUUUUUGGAGGAUCAGAACCAGUGCUUUUGGAUUUUCAUAUGUGGCCAUUUAUUGAACGUUUUGCUGUACUCGAAAAAACUUUAGGGGAGAAAGUAAUGACAGAAGACGAACUUCCAAAAUUAAUAAAAUGGCGAAAGAACAUGGAAGAUUUAGAUUGCGUAAAAAAGAUAAGAAAGGAACCAGAAGAACAUAUGAUUUAUUUGUCGGCACGUCUAAAAAAUGAACUACCAGACUAUGAUCAUGACAUUGAAAAUGAUCCUGUCCUAUAA